AUGCUAAUGCUGGGGCGCUGCCUGCUGCACAUCGUCCCUAACAUGCUGUUGGCCAAGAGAGAGGAGUUGAUCCCCCUCAUAUUGUGUACAGCCUGCCUGCAUCCUGAGCCUAAGGAGAGAGACCAGCUUCUCCACAUACUUUUCAAUUUGAUCAAGAGGCCAGAUGAUGAGCAGAGGCAAAUGAUACUGACGGGCUGUGUGGCAUUUGCACGUCAUGUUGGACCCACACGUGUUGAAGCUGAACUUUUACCACAAUGUUGCUGGGAACCGAUUAAUCACAAAUACCCAGAAAGAAGAUUGCUUGUGGCAGAAUCUUGUGGCACGCUGGCACCUUACCUUCCUAAAGAGAUCAGUAGCUCCUUGGUUCUUUCAAUGUUGCAACAAAUGUUAAUGGAAGAUAAGGCAGAUUUGGGUUUUGAACUGUUGCUGUCAGCCUUGGGUGAUCCCUCAGAAAGAGUCGUUAGUGCCACACAUCAAGUAUUUUUACCAGCCACUGCCGCCUGGACUACAGAACUUGGAAAUUUACAGUCUCACCUUAUACCCACAUUGCUGAAUGAGAUUGAAAAACUUCUCAGGGAAGGCGAGCACAGGCUGGAUGAACAUAAGCUCCACAUGUGUCUGUCUGCCUUGCAGUCCUUGAUCCCAUCUCUCUUUGCGUUAGUGCUACAGAAUGCACCCUUCUCCAGCAAAGCCAAGCUUCAUGGUGACAUGCCACAGAUAGAAGUGACUGGGUUCCCUCGGCCUGUGUCACCUCUUCAAGAUGUAUCUACUAUUAUUGGAAGUCGUGAGCAACUGGCAUUGCUACUACAGCUUUAUGACUGCCAGCUGGAACACGAGGGUACAACCGGCUGGGAGAGUUUACUGUGGGUUGUCAGUCAGCUGUUACCACAGCUUAUAGAAAUAGUUGGCAAAUUUAAUGUCACUUCAACUGCCUGUGUCCAUGAAUUCUCCAGAUUUUUCUGGCGCCUUUGCUGGACAUUUGGCCAAAUUUUUACAAACACUAAGAUUCCUCAGCAGGAAAUGGGGUCCUCACUAAAGCUAAUGUCCCCAUUUAUGCAACAGGAGUCCUUACGUGUUAUAGUCAGGAAGAAGACUGAAAGCUGUUGA